CUACUGUGCAGAUUGGGGGGCGCGUCUGCGGGCGGGUUUCAAUUUCAAACCCAAACAGUCCAAGGGACGGAGCCAGUGGAUUGUAGGAUAACGUUCAACCCAAAUAGUUACCGCGUGUUUCCGUAGUGUAACGUUAUCCAAACACAAACCAGACCGGUAUUGUUAUCACCGGGCCGUGAUUACAGUCCACAGAAUCCGCGAAAAAAAAGUCGGCCGCCUCGUCUUCGCUCCAGUUUUCCGCGCCUAGUUAAUUUAUUUGGAUGACAAACCGACGCUUGGCUUGUUUGCAGCAGGUGUUGACCAACCCGGGACACUGUACCACAAUACAACUACUAACCUGCGUUACUGUGUUUUAACUCGUAUAAGGUUAUCUGACAUAGCAAGUCAUUUCUGCAAGAAACAUGCCGAGGUCCAACAGGCAACGAGAAUACAAACCUGGAGAUCUUGUAUUUGCUAAAAUGAAGGGGUAUCCACAGUGGCCUGCGAGGAUUGACGAGUUACCUGAAGGAGCCGUGAAGUCCCCCUCCAACAAGUACCAGGUGUUCUUUUUUGGGACACACGAGACGGCGUUCCUAGGGGCCAAGGAUUUGUGCCCAUACGAUGAAAAUAAGGAGAAAUUUGGAAAAGCAAACAAGAGGAAAGGCUUCGCUGAGGGACUCUGGGAGAUUGAGAAGAACCCCACCGUCACACACGAAGGCUACGAGUCAUCGAAGAAGGACAACGUGUCAGAAGUAGCAGGGGAUACAGGAAGUCUGGAGAAAGCAGAUGCCGAGGGCAGCAGUGAUGAGGAUGAAGGGGCCCUCGUCAUCGACGAGAAGAACGAGAGGGGAGGAGCUAAACGAAAAGCGGAGGAGUCCACAGCGGCAUCACCCAAGCGGCCGAAGGAUACAGAGGCAGAAGAUGAUCCUAAAGUAGACCGCAACAAGUCCAACGCUGAGGCCAAGCUCAACGAUGUGGCUGAACCCAAGGCAACUGCUCCCUCCUCACAGAGCGAGUCCAAAGCAGAGGCCCAGGAAAAGGCUCCAGCAGGAGGCCAGCUAACAGCAGAUAAGCCUGUGACAGACAGCGCUUAACGUCAACUCUCAGAAGAAAACCAAGAACCUUUGACGCUUUUCUCUGGAAUUUAAGCACCGACAUGUUUACCGGCUGGAUGCCAGAUUUCAGCUGUUUAAUUAAUAGAGUUUUAAAAACCUAGGUGUUUGUAUUGAGAGACAAACGUAUCCUCAUUUGCCAUUUUUGGGAUAUCAUAUAUCCCAGAAACCAAAAGUUUGCUAAUCUGAUUUCAAACAAUUGAACUGAGCCCUUUAAGGCUCAUUUAUAAAUGGGAUUUUGGUGUGUAUAUAUUUUUUAUUUCUAAGUGCAAUUACAUAAUUACAAAGACUGAAUGCUAGGUGUCAAAAACAUUUUUCAGUUUCGAGGGAAUAAACACUGAAAUAUAUAGAAAAUAAAAAAGGAGAACAUUUAAACCAUAAAAAAAGAUAAAUACUCCCAUCUGGUGGUUUUAAAACGUAGAUAUUGUACAGGAAUAAGAACAAAUUUUCACCCAUGCUCUCAGCUUUAGUUCAUCCAAUAAAUGUAUUACUUCCAUUUGUUUCACCUAGCUUAUCGGCUUCAUCUAUUCAGUCAUUGGAUACGUGAUGAGUUGCACUUUCAGAAUUAGUUUUUUUCCCCUUGCCAUUGUCUAGUUCACUGUAUGAUGUUUUUAUGCAAUGCAGGUUUUGUUGCUUUGGUGUAGUGAAUGCUUAAUUUGCAGGUCACCAAAUUCACGUCAUUCAUUUCACCAGGUUAAAUAUUUAAAGCCCGUUCUGAGAAGAACUAUUGUAGGAUUAAAACACUUUUAAACCCUUCUGUAACUUUCUUCAGCUGCUGAUUGUUGAAAGCAGAAAGACAUUCCUGAAUGUUGUUGUGUCGCGGCUCGGUCUCGAGGUGGAGCUGUGGCGUUUGUCGGGGGUGAAAGUUAUUUGUUGACACCUUUUUCUGGAGGAAUUAUCUGGCAAACUUUCAAAUCCAUCAACUCAGAUCUCAAUUUCAAGUUAUUACAAGUUCUUUCAAGCUCACAUCGCAUUCAGUAAUUGGUUGUACCAAAUAUGUUUCCUUUUCAAAUGUAUUGCUGACAUCGUCGAUGCCAACGUAUAUUAUCUGUAGAAAUUGAUUUUUUUUUUUUUUUUUUUUUUUUUUUGGAAGAAAUUAAAAUGAGGAGACUCUACAUAGAGAACCAUCUGUAAAACCUUUGUUUUCUGAACUUUUGGUUUCCAUCUUAACUGGAAUAUGAGUCUGUUUUACUUCACUGGUCUUAUUAUUUUGGCUGUGAAACAAAGUUGUGAUGUUCUAAUGAUGUGUUUUAUUUCAACAUGUUUAGACAACAUGUUCAAAAUGUGGUGUUAGUUAUUUUCCACUCUUGGUAAUUUUUAAAGGUUCAAGUGGUUUUUGUGAUGCUCCGCCUGCUCACCAUGUUACUUGGAUGUCAUUGUCAUCGCUUUAGUUUUUUGUCCUGUAUUUGGCAACAUGAGCCCACAGGUGACCAGAUUAUAAAUUUAAGGGAAAAUCUCAACCUUUACCUCACCUCAACCCAGUGCAAAUCACCCUGGCUGCUGUGCCUAAAAUGGCUUGUACCCACCUAAAAAAAAUCCCACUGAUUUCUAUAACAUGGUCAAAGUUGCCCACUCAUGUCUGGAGUUAAUUCCAGGGGUAUGAUUUGGCAUCAAGGUGUAAUUCUUGGUUAAGCUUAAUCAUUUAUUUCCAGAAGCUGUCAUUCAUCUUAAUCUGCUGCUUAGUUUACUGUUGUAGUUGCUAGUCCAUUUAAUAAACAUAUUGAUUACAACAAAAUGGUUUUGUCAUGUUUAUAUGCAGUAAAUCCUUCUUGAUAAUUGUUGAUUAUCCCCUUCCUCUUUCUGGAAAUCAUCUACCACAAUCUUAGUCAUUGAGUUCUUAAAUAACAGGAUUGUCUGCAAUUACUUUUUUAAAAUUUAAAACACCCCCUAAACCAGGUAUUGUGUUUAACCUCUUGUUUCAAGCAGCGGAUGUCUACUGUAACUUUUCAAACAAACCAAGACUAAUUACUCAUUUCACACCUCAUUUUUCACUAAGUUAUAAAGUUAUAAAUGUCUGAAACUAAUGAUUGCACCUUUUUGUGUGUGUGUGUUUUUGCGCACUUGUCAUAAAUAAUUUGCUCUCAAGAGAGCCUUGCAGCACAGUUCGGGGCUUUGGGCUGUAAUCGCUGAACUAGUUUUGGUGGUGAUGUAACAAGUCCUG